AAAUUACAAGAUAAGGAUACUCUGCAGUAGGCUAUAUUUCAAUAUUAGCAGCAGCAUUUUUCAGAAACCAUGGCUGAAAAAUUUGAGAGUUACUUGAACUGUCACGUCUGCUCUGAGACUUUCAGAGAUCCUGUGUCUCUGGGCUGCCACCACAGCUUCUGCUCCAGCUGUCUGACUAAGUUCUGGGAUCAGGCUAAAAACAAGAACUGUCCAGUCUGUAAGAGAAAAUCCUCUAAAGAGAUUCCAGGUAUCAACUUUUCUUUGAAGGAUUUAGCUGACUCAUUUGCUGGGAGACAGAAAGCAGGAUCGUCUGAAGAGAGGAGAGGAGAGGAGGAGGUGGAGGUGUGUAGCAAACACUCAGAGGAGUCUAAGACAGUGGCUGGUGUCGUCAGAGAGUCUGAGGUGCUUUGCAGUCUGCACAGUGAGAAGAUCCGGCUGUUCUGUCAGGAGGAUAAAGAACCCGUCUGCGUGGUGUGUCAAACCUCCAGAAAACACAGAUCUCACACCUGUGUCCCAGUAGACGAAGCUGCCCAGGAUCACAGGGAAGAAAUUCAGACUGCCCAGAAGCCCUUAGAAAAGAAGCUAGAGGACUGUAAUAAAGUUAAACUAACGUGUGAAAAGAUUGCAGAACACAUUGAGACCCAGACAGUAAACACAGAGAAGCAGAUAAAGGAGAAGUUCAACAAGCUUCACCAGUUUCUACACGAGGAAGAAGAGGCCAGGACUGCAGCUCUGAGGAGAGAGGGCAAAGAGAAGAGUGAGACAAUGAAAGAAAAGAUUGAGGGAAUAAAUAGAGAGAUGGCCUCACUUUCAGACACAAUUGAAGCCAUAAAGCAGGAGCUAAAUGCAGAUGAUGUGUCAUUCCUGCAGCAUUUCAGAAUCACAGAGAAGAAAGCCCAGGUCACACUGCCGGAUCCACAGCUGGUCUCAGGAGCGCUGAUAGACGUGGCCAAACACCUCGGCAACCUGGCCUUCAGAGUGUGGGAGAAGAUGAGGGGGGUGGUCAGCUUCACUCCUGUCAUUCUGGACCCCAACACUGCAGCUCUCUGUCUCUCUCUGUCUGAUGAUCUGACCAGUGUUAGACAGUCAGGCUCAGAGCAGAAGCUCCCUGACAACCCAGAGAGGAACACCAACUACACCACUGUUCUGGGUUCUGAGGGGUUCAGCUCAGGGAAGCACAGCUGGGAGGUGGAGGUGGGGGACCACCCUGACUGGAAAAUAGGUGUGGCCAGAGAGUCAGUAGACAGGAAAGGAGAGAUAAAAGUAUCCCCAAAGUAUGGAGUCUGGUGUAUAAAGCAGAUGAGUGGUAAGUACACCAUUGGUCUGCGUAAGAUUCUCCGUCUGAAGAGGAGACUCCAGAGGAUCAGAGUUCAGCUGGACUGGGACAGGGGGGAGGUGUCCUUCUACGACCCUGAAGACAUGACUCACAUCGACACUUAUAAAGACUCCUUCACUGAGAAACUCUACCCAUACUUCUCUAUUGGAGAAGGUGGUGAUGCCAAACACCCUGAUGUGAAGAUCUGCCAAUCAGAGAUGUUGAUGAUUGAGGAGGAGGAGGAGGAGGAGGAGGAGGAGGAGAAGGAGGAGGAGGAGGAGGAAGAGGAAGAGGAAGAGGAAGAGGAAGAGGAGGAGGAGGAGGAGGAGGAGGAGGAGGAGGAGGAGGAGGAGGAGGAGGAGGAGGAGGAAGAGGGGGAGGAGGAGGAGGAGGGGGAGGAAGAGACCAGGUGGGAAGAUGAUGAUGAGGAUGAUGAUGAUAAACAAGACUAUGUUUCAGACUUCUGUGCCCGCUACCUGCAAUCUAGGGACUUAGUCUGACAACCGUCUGGUGGUCCCACCGCUCAAGAGCGCCCGUCCCAACACAAGCUCUUCUCCUGUCUGGCCCCCCAAUGGUGGAAUCAACUGCCCACCUCCAUCAGACAGACACUGACUGUCUCCCCACCUUCAAGAAAAGGCUCAAGACGCACUUGUUUCGGGAGUACAACGGUACUCAGGAAUGAUUGGCUGGACCUGUUGUUUCCUCCAGGAUCACAAUGACUCUUAUUGAGAGACUUGUUGGUUAGUUGUAACUGUACUUUAUACACCUCUGUGCUCUGCAGGUCACUCAUGAAGGAUGUUAGUGCUGUUAAAUAUUAAUAUUUCUGACAGCAGAGCAAGAGGUUGCCAGUUCAAAUGUCUCCCUGUAUGUUGCUUUAGAUGAAAGCAUCUGUUAAAUGAACACAUUAUUAUUGUUAUGAUAAACGUGUCAACCUGUCCAAUUCAGGUAACAUAUGAUCCUACAUGUAUGUUAGUCACAUACAGUAUGAAGGUGUUGGAGUUGGGCCUCGGCCCUCAUACUGGGUCUGUUGCAUCUCUGUUGUAUCUCUGUUGUAUCUCUGUUGUAUCUCUAUCAUCUGCUGCUUCUAUGAGAAGGUAGGAUGCAGUACUGGGGAUAUGAUGUCAUACCUACAACAUGUAGAUAUUCUUUAUAUGUGUGUUUCGUGGGGAGGAGGGCUUGAUCAUGUAUCGUGUAUUUAGAUCUCUGAAAGGAGGUGUGGUGGAAGGCGGGGGUUGAUGUAUUCAUGUUAAGAUAUCUUUGUAGUGGAGUUAUAUAAUAAUGACUGGAUCUAGGGGUUCUGGGGUGAUGUAGUAAUGACCUGAGGUAUUGAUGUUGGAGGGGAUUUUAUCACUGUCACAGACAUUUGGGAGUGUGUUCUUUGUAGACUCUGAGAUGAGCAGAAAGUUUGUGAAUUCAAAUAAUUAUAUUUUCAAAUGUGUUAAUGAGGGGUUAGGAUUAAGCAGCUUGUAUGUUGUCCAAUGACUGACUCAAGCAGAGUUUGUGUUGUUUGAUUUAUGUAGUAAAAUAAAUGGUAAACUGAUGGCAAAUUGUUUGUUCCCUGACUCUCAUCUACAACCUGAUUUUGUGAAUCUCGAAUCGGGCAAAUCUCUGCAAGUCAAGAGAACAUGUUGGAUACUAGAGAUUGUCUAGUAACGUUUACCUUUUUGGACAAGUACCCGAUAAUGUACCACCUUAUGAA